AUGGCCACCCGCAAGGCGCUGCUCCUUGCCAUCCUCGGCUGCGUCUGCUUCUUCAGUGCUGUCCUUGCAGCUCGUGAGCUGAGCGAUGACUCGGCCAUGGUGGCGAGGCACGAGCAGUGGAUGGUCCAGUACAGCCGCGUCUACAAGGAUGAUGUCGAGAAAGCGCGGCGGUUCGAGGUGUUCAAGGCAAACGUCAAGUUCAUCGAGUCGUUCAAUGCUGCCGGGAACCGAAAGUUCUGGCUUGGCGUCAACCAGUUUGUCGACCUCACGAACGAUGAGUUCAGAGCAACCAAGGCCAGCAAGGGGUUUAAUCCAAAUGGUGUGAAGAUGCCUACAGGAUUCAGGUAUGAGAAUGUUAGCAUUGAUGCGCUUCCAGCAACGGUGGACUGGAGGACCAAGGGUGCUGUCACUCCCAUUAAGGAUCAAGGACAAUGUGGAUGCUGUUGGGCGUUUUCGGCUGUGGCUGCCAUGGAGGGGAUUGUCAAGAUAAGCACUGGCAAGCUCAUCUCACUUUCAGAGCAAGAGUUGGUGGAUUGUGACGUCCAUGGAGAGGACCAGGGCUGCAACGGUGGUGAGAUGGACGAUGCCUUCAAGUUCAUCAUCAAGAACGGUGGUCUUACCACUGAGUCCAGCUACCCUUACAGCGCUCAAGAUGGCCAGUGCAAGGCCGGAUCCAGCAGCGCUGCAACCAUCAAGGGCUAUGAGGAUGUGCCUACGAACGACGAGGCUGCUCUCAUGAAGGCUGUAGCCAACCAGCCUGUGUCAGUGGCGGUAGAUGGAGGAGACAUGACAUUUCAGUUCUACUCUGGUGGUGUGAUGACCGGCUCUUGCGGCACUGACCUGGACCAUGGCAUUGCAGCGAUUGGUUAUGGACAGGAUACUGACGGCACCAAGUAUUGGCUGAUGAAGAAUUCUUGGGGUACAACCUGGGGUGAGAAUGGGUUCCUCAGGAUGGAGAAGGACAUCUCCGACAAGAGGGGAAUGUGUGGCCUUGCCAUGCAGCCAUCCUACCCUACCGAAUAGGCAGUUCAAAAAAUGCCUCAUCACUUUCAUACACAUACGACACGCAGCUUGAAUAAUGGAUGCUUGUUAUUCGUCAUAGUUCUUUCAUAUGUGUGUAAAUUGUAGUCACAUGGAUAUACUAGUAUAUGCUGUAAAUGAAUACCUUGUA